GCCCAGUUCCACUCCACCCCGUCUCUCAACCCCGUCUCUCCUUGUCACUGAGCCAGUCCUGUUUACUUAGGUCUGCCAAGUCGACGACGCCAAGAUGAAGGUGCCAGCUCUCCUCACCACCGGGAGCGCUCUGCUCACCGCAGGCGUCUCAGCCUUAGCCCCGGUCAACCUCAUGCACCUGGUCCCUCCUCCUCUGGACAUCGCAGAUACUGAGUUCGCCAGCAAGCUUGUCCAGAGGCGUGACACCAACUCCACGGCCACACUGGGCAACGGCACCUUCCAGCAGCUCCUCGACCACUCGGACCCCUCCAAGGGCACCUUCAGCCAGGCCUUCUGGUGGAGUACCGAGUACUGGCAGGGCCCCGGCUCGCCCGUCGUUUUCUUCACCCCAGGCGAGGUCGCCGCUGCCAGGUACACUGGCUACCUGACCAACAGGACGCUCACCGGCACCAUUGCGCAGGAGCUGGGCGCUGCCGCGGUCAUUAUGGAGCACAGGUACUGGGGAGAUUCGAGCCCGUUCGACACGCUGACGACGGAGAACCUGGCGUACCUCACGCUCGAGAACUCCAUCUACGACACCACUUACUUUGCCAACAAUGUCAAGUUCCCGUUCGCCACCACCGCCAGCAGCAACGCGGACAGUGUGCCCUGGGUAUUCUCCGGCGGUAGCUACAGUGGAGCCCUCGCUGCAUGGGUCGAGAGCGUCGACCCGGGCACGUUCUGGGCUUACCAUGCCACGAGCGCCGUGGUCGAGGUCAUCUACGACUUUUGGCAAUACUUCGCUCCUGUCCAGGAGGGCAUGCCCGCAAACUGCAGCGCGGACGUGUCAAAGGUCAUCGAGCAUGUUGACAGCAUCCUGCUUGGUGAUGACGAGGAGGCGAAGCAGGCCAUCAAGGAGAAGUUCGGCCUCGGCGGUAUUGUGCACGACGAUGACUUUGCCAGCGCUCUGGAGAACGGGCCUUGGCAGUGGCAGGGGCACGACUUCAACUCCGGCUACUCUGAGUUCUUCUUUUUCUGCGACAGUGUUGAGAAUGUCGGCCCACUUUACCCUAACUCAACAGUCAUUCCCGGAGCCGAGGGCGUUGGUCUAGAGAAGGCUUUGGAAGGAUACGCCAACUGGAUCAAGACGGAGCUUCUCCCUGGCUACUGCGCCGGCUACGGUUACGACGAGUGGUCCGCCGACGACGAGCUUGCAUGCUUCGACUCGUACAACGAGACAAGCCCCAUCUACACCGACAUCACGGUCAACAACCCUCUUGACCGCCAGUGGACCUGGAUGCUCUGCAACGACCCCUUUGCCUUCUGGCAAGACGGAGCCCCAGAGGGCACACCGACCAUCGUUUCUCGGCUCGUCACCGCAGAGUACUGGCAGCGCCAGUGCGGCCUCUACUUCCCCCCGCCGGGCACCUUCGGCAGCGCGGAGGGCAAGACGGUCGAAGACACCAACAAGUUCACUGGCGGGUGGGAUCGUGCUGGUGAGACCACGCGCCUCAUCUUCGUCAACGGCGAAUGGGACCCGUGGAAGGACGCCACCGUGUCGAGCGAGUUCCGCCCAGACGGGCCGUAUGAGGGCACUGACGAUGCGCCUGUGCUGAUGAUCCCUGGUGGCAUCCACUGCAGCGAUUUGUUGUCUAACAACGGAAUUGCCAAUGCUGGUGUGAAGGCUGUCCAGGAUGCUGUUGUUGAUCAGAUUGCGGAGUGGGUUGGACAGUUCGAUGCGGAGACGGCAAAGGCGGAGAAGGCUGCUAUGAGGAGGCGGUCAUGAUCAAAUAUGCCGGGGUUCUAUAUACCUAGGUGCAUACAUAAUCCUCUGUGGUGUCUUUAUAUACGAAC